AAUUGUAAAUAGCGAAAAAGUGGGCUCGUCUUGCGUUUACUAUUUAAAAACAAAUGCCGCAGUUCGUAAGAUUUGUUUAUAUUCCAAUUCGCAAAUAUAUGUUUUUGUAGAGCCAGUUAAAUUAAAACCAAAACGGAUUUUUGUGUUAAAAACUAAAAAUAACUCAUAUACAUAUAUGUAAGUGCAAAGUACAAAACUGUGCACGUUCAGUGUUGCGGCCAUGGCAAGUUGCACCGACGCUAAACGAAAUCUACUUGUUACAUUACGGGACAGCUAAUUUGUAAGUCACUAAGCAACCUUUGGCAUUAUGACGGAAGGCAAGCGCCUUUUGAAUGGACCUAAGAGUCGCAUAAUAAGCUCUCAAAACCCAUCGACGGCUAGUAAAAGCCUCGUGGGUGUAAUCGAUGAGGGUACCAGCAGCGUGCAGUUCUCAUUAUAUUCUGUGCCUUUCUUUAAAGAAGUAGCAAAUUAUCAAAUUGAUUUGAAACUGAUAACACCACAGGACGGUUGGUAUGAACAGAACCCCUUGGAACUGAUGGAUGCAGUUUAUGAGUGCUGUGAGAAAGCAUGUGCGCAGUUGCCCGCACUCGGUUAUAGUGUUGCUGAUAUUAGCUGUAUCGGCGUAACGAAUCAACGAGAGACGACAGUUGUCUGGGAUUCACGUACUGGCCAGCCGCUGUAUAAUGCGCUUGUUUGGAAGGAUAUACGAAGUGAAACGUGCGUCGAUCGUGUGCUCUCUAAAUUAGACAAUCAAGACAAAAACCAUUUCAAACAUAUUUCGGGCUUACCAGUAUCACCUUAUUUUACGGCAUUGAAAUUGCGCUGGCUCUUCGAUAAUGUCGCCGAGGUGAGAAAAGUUCAUCGCGAGGGAUAUUGUAAGGCUGGCACCAUAGACACAUGGAUUGUGUGGAAUCUUACCAAGGGUGCAUUACACAUCACAGAUGUUACAAAUGCCUCACGCACACUGCUGUUGGAUAUCGAAACUUUGCACUGGCACCCACAGUUGUUGCGCACAUUCAAAAUAGACAAAAAUAUCUUACCCGAAAUUCGUAGUAGUUCCGAAAUAUAUGGACCCAUCACCAGUGAUCGUUGUGUGCUGACAGGCGUGCCGAUUAGUGGUAUACUUGGCAAUCAACACGCUUCAUUACUGGGUCAAAUGUGUGUCAAGCCCGGCCAGGCGAAAAAUACUUAUCGUUCCGGUUGCUUUUUGCUCUGCAACAUUGGUGAGCGUCCAGUAAUUUCAGCGCAUGGUCUGAUUACCACGGUUGCUUAUAAGUUGGGACCCAACAAGCCGGCUAUUUAUGCAUUGGAGGGCUCAGUAGCUGUUGGUGGUCACGCCUUACGUUGGUUAGAGAAUCGUGUACGAGUGUUAAAGGACUUCACACAAGCGGAACAUUGCGCCGAAGAGGUAACCACAACGGGUGAUGUAUAUUUUGUGCCUGCCUUUACGGGUCUCUAUGCACCGUAUUGGCGUAAGGAUGCGCGUGGUUUGAUCAUUGGUCUAACGCAAUACUCCACUAAGCAUCAUAUAGUGCGUGCUGCGUUGGAGGCGAUUUGUUUCCAAACCCGUGAUAUACUCGAGUGUAUGCAUCAGGAGAGUGGCUUUCAUCUUAAUAAAUUGCAUGCAGAUGGCUCGAUAAGUAUGAAUAAUUUACUAAUGCAGCUGCAAGCCGAUACGGCGGGUUUGACCGUCUUCCGUUCUCAACUAACCGACACCACGACGUUUGGCGCAGCAUUGUGUGCCGCACAGGCGGAGGGCAUUGACUUAUUCAACUUCAAUCCUGAAGAAUUGGCUUAUGAUAUUAUGGACUAUGACACUUUCCUACCGACCAGCACGGACGUUGAACGUCACCAUCGUUAUGGCAAGUGGAAGCGUGCAGUGGAACGCAGCAUGGGCUGGGUGGUUAGGAAGCCUUCACGUCAAAUAACCGAUGAAACAUAUAAACUGCUGUCAUCGAUACCCGCAGCCUUGUUUGUUAUGAGCACAUUCGCCAUGAUCAUACAUUCGGCAGCGAGGAAAUGAUUGGUAAAAUAAAUAAAUACGAAUAUACAUGCAUAUGUACAUACAUACAAUGUGCAUAAGAAAGUAUAACAUUUUACACAAAUUGUGAAUUUCUAUUAUUGAUGAAGCUAAAGUUUUACUUAAUUUAUGUACGUAAAUAAUUGCUAAAUGCAGAUUUUUAAAACGUUUAUUGUUGAAUAUUUUUUAAGAGUUUUCUUUACACAUUACAUACAUAUUUUACUAACGCUUUAGUAUAACCGAGUACUCUGUGUACUUAAUUAGCGAGUUUGCCAUUUUUGAAUUACAUAUAUUCAAUAUAAAUGCUUUAGUUUGUUAUCCUUAAGUACUUGUUAAGUUUUGGUUGUGAUAAAUUGCUUAAAUGACAAAACAUAUGAAUUGUUAAUAAUAAAAAAAAAAA